CCACUCUUUUUACUGUCUCAUUUCUGAAAACCCUAGCCCCCUUCUUUUCUCCAUCAAAGAGCAAGCCCAACAAUGCCGCCCAAGUUCGACCCAACCCAAGUCGUCGACGUUUUCGUCCGCGUCACCGGCGGCGAAGUCGGAGCAGCUAGUUCCCUCGCUCCAAAGAUCGGUCCGCUCGGUCUUUCUCCCAAAAAGAUCGGUGAAGAUAUCGCCAAAGAAACCGCCAAGGACUGGAAGGGUCUCCGCGUCACUGUCAAGCUCACCGUCCAGAACCGUCAGGCGAAAGUCACGGUGGUCCCGUCGGCGGCGGCACUUGUAAUCAAGGCGUUGAAGGAGCCGGAGAGGGAUAGGAAGAAGACCAAGAACAUCAAGCAUAACGGAAGCAUCAGCCUCGAUGACGUAAUCGAGAUUGCUAAGGUAAUGAGACCGAGGUCGAUGGCUAAGGAUUUGAAAGGGACGGUGAAGGAGAUUUUGGGCACGUGCGUUUCUGUCGGGUGUACGGUCGAUGGGAAAGACCCUAAAGAUUUGCAGCAGGAGAUCGAUGAUGGCGAUGUUGAUGUUCCUUUGGAGUGAGAAAUCUUUGUUUUUUUAAGAUUAUUGUCCUGUUUGUCCUUUUUCUUAAUUUUGUUUAAUUUUAAGGUUUUCGACAAUUUCCGGAUAUUUUUUUCCGAGGAUUUUUUGAGGUUAAUUUAGAUGGAUCCUUUAAUAGCUAUAGAUGUGAUGUUUUUUUUUAUUGGGGGUA